CCAAUAAGGGAUCCAAGACCUUGACACAACCGACCAUCGUAUCUAGCAGUCAACCGUCGGCAGCACAUCCUUCUCCAAUCCCCUUCCGAUCAUCUCGAGUCGUCACCGCUUGUUAUCGCCUCUUCGAUUUCAUUACGUCAUCCUCAUCCUCAUCGCCAUCAUUGAUUUUUCUUCCUAAUUCUUCGAAAUUCGGUUUUUUUGAUAAUUUAUUCAAGAUGCGUCGGGCUUCAUCGAAGAAAGGCCCAGCUAAUUCGACGACCUCCACUAAUUCUUCUGCCAUGGAUCUAUUCCGCUCUGCUUCAGGUAAAGCUGCAACCAAGGAGCUGGAACGUAUUGACCAGCUAUUUUAUUCAUAUGCAAAUGACUCUUCUGGUAUGAUUGACCCAGAAGGAAUAGAGUAUCUCUGUUCUGACCUAGAAGUUGAACAUACGAAUGUACGAAUAUUAAUGCUAGCUUGGAAAAUGCAGUCUGAAAGGCAGGGAUACUUCACCCUGGAAGAGUGGCGAAGAGGACUUAAAGCAUUACGGGCGGAUACUAUAGUUAAAUUAAAAAAGGCACUUCCUGAGCUGGAGAACGAGGUCCGCAGGCCAUCAAAUUAUGUGGAGUUUUACUCUUAUGCAUUUCGAUAUUGCCUAACAGAGGAAAAGCAGAAGAGUAUAGAUAUUGAGAGCAUAUGUGAAUUGUUGGAGCUUGUUUUGGGGUCGCAGUUCCCUCAUCAGGUGGAUUUGUUCAUUCAGUAUCUAAGGACACAGAUUGAUUACAAGGUCAUUAACAUGGAUCAAUGGAUGGGGUUCUACAGAUUUUGCAAUGAGAUAAGUUUCCCAGAUUUCAACAAUUAUGAUGAGGAACUUGCUUGGCCGUUGAUCCUUGACAACUUUGUCGAGUGGGUGAGGUCAAAACAGAGUUGAUCAAAUUUUAUCGGGCAUCAAAUUCUUGUUCAGGUACUCGUGUUGUCACCAAGGAAAUCACUUCUUCGAAUGCUUCAUUAAUUCUAUCGUCCCAAUCAAUGUGCAUGAUUCUGCUGAAACAAGUAAACAACACAUAUGUUAAUUUCCCCCUUCCUUUAUGAACAAUUUGUACUUUUUAAAAUAUAGAGGCAAAUUGUGUUUUUUUAUACACAAAUGGAGUAAGAAUAAACCAUUGCUGCUC